UCAGUUAAUAGAAGUUGCUCAAACGCUUUGCUCGUCAAUCUGAAUAUUAAAAGUGAAAAAGCAUUUCUUCUCCCAAAGUGAUUAGAUUAGCAAAGACAACAAGUCGUGACAUUAUAGUUUGAAAAGUGUGAAAAAGAAAACUGGAACAGUGAUUAAUUAUGGCUACCAAUCUGCGCAUUGCGGUUAUUGGCCAGAGCAACUUUGCCGCCGAUGUAUUGGAGCAGCUCUUGGAGAAUUCAAGCGUUAAAGUCGUUGGAGUCUUUACGAUACCCGAUAAAGGAAGUCGCGAGGAUAUUUUGGCUACCACCGCUGCCAGCCAUAAUAUACCCGUUUUCAAAUUCGCCAGCUGGCGACGCAAAGGCGUGGCCCUGCCCGAGGUCCUGGAGCAGUACAAAUCGGUGGGAGCGACCCUCAAUUUGCUGCCGUAUUGCUCCCAGUUCAUACCCAUGGAGGUGAUUGAUGGGGCUGCACUGGGCAGCAUUUGCUAUCAUCCCUCCAUAUUGCCCAGACAUCGCGGAGCCAGCGCCAUUUCCUGGACACUCAUUGAGGGCGAUGAGAUCGCUGGCUUCAGCAUCUUUUGGGCAGAUGAUGGUUUGGACACUGGACCACUGCUGCUGACGCGCCAGACAAAUUUGGAGCCAACAGACACUUUGGACAGCAUUUACAAGCGAUUCCUAUACCCGGAGGGUGUUAAGGCAAUGGUCCUGGCCGUGGACAUGGUCGCCAAGGGCACGGCACCAAAGAUCGUGCAAACUGAGGUGGGCGCCACCUAUGAUCCCGCCAUGUUUCGGGCAGAGAACCAGAUACUGAAUUUACAACAGUCAGCGGAACGUAUAUGGAAUUUUAUUAGAGGCUUGGAUUCAGUGCCGGGUGCCAUAGCGACGGUCCUUCAAGCCGAUGGCAGUGAAGAGCAGGUGCGUCUCUUUGGCGCCCAUCUCUACUCAGCGGGACCCGUACGAGCCGCACAAGAGAUUAAGUUGAAGGGUCUGCCGAAGCCCGCCUGGGUGCAUGAGAAUGGACUCUUGAUUGAGGGCACCGAUGGCCAACUUGUCAACGUGCGUCGCAUUAAGCGUGGCUCCAAGAUGAUCAAUGCAUGCGAUUGGUUCAAACUGGCCGAACAUCAUCCCAUUACGGACUUCACCGAGGAUGAGUUGGUGAAGCGAACGGAUCUGUCUGCCAUUUGGCAGGCGAUAUUGAAGCAAUCAAUUGAAGCAUCAACGGAUUUCUUUGCUGCCGGCGCCGGUUCCAUGGAUGUGGUGCGUCUCGUUGAGGAGGUCAAGGAGGCAUUCGAUGUGCCCCUCGAAAACGAGCAGGUGUUCAUGGCGCCCGUUUUCGAAGAGUUCUUUGAUCUAUUGAUUCGUACACUGCGACAGGGCAGCUCCGGCGGCAGCUCCAGCAAGAUUAGCUAUGAAGGAUUCACGUUGAAGGCGAAUAAACGUGAGAUUCGAGUGCCAACCCAGCUGUUCAUCAAUGGUGUGUUUCUGGAUGCCGAAAAGCAGCGCACCCUGGACAUUAUCAAUCCGACCAAUGAACAGUUGCUCUGCAAAGUGGCAUGUGCGAGUGUGGCAGAUGCGGACAAAGCUGUCCAGGCGGCGCACAAAGCAUUCUACGGCUCCUGGAAGCAGGUGUCGGCCAGGCAACGGGGUCUACUCAUGCUCCGGCUGGCCGAUCUGAUGGAACAGCACAAGGAGGAGCUGGCGACCAUUGAGUCUGUGGAUUCCGGUGCGGUUUACACGCUGGCUCUGAAGACACACAUUGGCAUGUCCAUCGAUGCGUGGCGUUAUUUUGCUGGUUGGUGUGAUAAGAUCCAGGGCAACACGAUACCCGUGAAUCCUGCUCGGCCCAACAAUGUGCUGACCUUUACGCGCAAGGAGCCAAUUGGUGUCUGUGGCCUUAUCACGCCCUGGAACUAUCCACUGAUGAUGCUCUCCUGGAAGAUGGCCGCUUGUAUUGCCGCCGGCAAUACCUGCCUGAUCAAACCGGCUCAGACCUGUCCAUUGACAGCGCUCAAAUUCGCAGAGCUCAGCGUACUCGCUGGCUUCCCGCCUGGUGUGAUUAAUGUGCUGCCCGGCAAGGGAUCGGAAGCGGGUCAGGCGGUUGCCGAUCAUGGUUUAGUUAACAAACUGGGCUUCACCGGUUCGACGCCCGUUGGUCAACACAUUAUGAAGUCCUGCGCCGCAUCCAAUCUCAAGAAAUGUUCACUGGAACUGGGCGGCAAGAGUCCUUUGGUUAUAUUCGCUGACUGCGAUUUGGAUAAGGCUGUCAGACAUGGCAUGUCAUCGGUAUUUUUCAAUAAGGGUGAAAAUUGCAUAGCCGCUGGACGUUUGUUCGUCGAGGAUCGCAUUCACGAUGAGUUUGUGCGUCGCGUGCUGAAGGAUUUGCGCACCAUGACGAUUGGGGAUCCGCUCAAUCGGUCCACCGCACAUGGACCGCAGAAUCACAAGGCUCACUUUGACAAGCUGAUCGAGUUCUGCGAAACGGGCGUGGCAGAGGGCGCCAAGCUUGUCUACGGAGGCUGUCGUGUGCCCAAUAUGAAGGGUUAUUUCUUCAUGCCAACAGUGUUCACGGAUGUUGCGGAUGAUAUGUUUAUCGCCAAGGAGGAAUCCUUUGGUCCCAUCAUGAUCAUAUCCAAGUUUAAUGGCAGCGAUGUCGAUUCCGUUAUGCUGCGUGCCAAUCGCACGGAUUAUGGACUCGCCAGUGGUGUCUUCACCAAGGACAUUAGCAAGGCUCUCAAUUUCGCCGAUCGCAUCGAUGCUGGCACCGUUUUUGUAAAUGUCUACAACAAAACCGAUGUCGCUGCUCCAUUUGGUGGCUUCAAGCAGAGCGGCUUUGGCAAGGAUUUGGGCCAGGAAGCGCUCAACGAGUAUAUGAAGACCAAGUGUGUCACCAUUGAAUAUUGAGCCCAGUUUUGUGAACCUACGUCAAUAUUCAAUAUCCAAGGAAAACAAAAGACUUUAUCCAUUUCAUAAAAUGCAAAACUGCAUAUACGUAAUUCUCAAUAAGCCUAUGUAUACGAUUAUUAACUAACAGUCAAUAAAUAUUUUAAUCUUUGAA